ACUCUUAAUCUUAAAGGAGAGAGAAAGAGACGUGAAACUCUCCAUGUUUCUUAAAAAAAUCUGUCUUCUCGCUCCAGAAGGUCCAAAAGCAAGAAUCCCAUUAUAAAAAUCCAGAACUCUUGAACCCCCAAAGAGUAUCAACCUCAUGACCCAUUGUUUUCAUUCUCCACAACUUUGCUCCAUUUCGUAAAGGUUCAAAGUUUGGAUUUUGAGAGGAUUCCUGCAAGUCGAAGGAUUUUCUUUCUUUCGCUCUCUAGGUGAAAAGGUUAGGUUUUUUAUGUUCUGUUCAAUUUGAAAGAGCAGAGGACGUAGGACGGUGCAGAGGAAGGAGGAGAGAGCAUGGAAGAGAUUAGGGAUUUCGAGGAUGAUGUGCUUUCUCUCUGUGAUCUCCCAAUUGAAAAGGGAGAAGAGAGAGAAAGCUUCUUGAAAGAACGGAGAUCCUGUAAAUCUUUAGCAGAGAUGGAGUAUUUUGAGUUCUUUAGAGAUGCGACGGCAGAGAUGUGUGAUGCAGAGGACUUGUUCUUCCAUGGUGGGUUUCUUCCAUUGAGAAGUAACAGAGAGCUAGCAGGGAGCCAUCAGAGUAGCUUCGAGCCCAGAGUCGAGAGACCGGUUGAUCACAGGCGGCUUAGAACCUACAGUUAUCCUUCACCGAGUCACCGAAAAUUGCACAGGAGUUCGACCUCCAUUCCCCCCUUUUCGGGCACAAAACCACGGGAAAACCGAAAUUUCCCGGAGAAGAGUGAUUUUCCGACGAGAUCAAGGGGGCAAUUUUUGAUGAUUGGUUUGGUAAAAGCGCCGGAAAUUCAAUUGAGAGACAUUAAAUUCCGGCAAAGGCGCCGGAAUCCGGCGAUCUUUGAGAGGUCGAAUUCGUCUAGAGUCUGUGUAAGGGAAGAGAAGGGUUGUAAAGGGGCAUGGAAAUUGCUUAGAGCUCUCAGUUGUAAGGGCCAUGCUCGGGACAUGGUCUCCGCUUCCCUUGGCCGCAUCCGCCACGUCUAGAGAUAGAGAGUGCCCUUUCGGUUGAUUGGGGCAUUAUUCUUUUAGAGAGAGAGAGAGAGAGGUUUUUUAGAGAGAGAAAGUUUAUUGGGCUGAUUGGCGCUUAGUAUCUGGAGUUCCAUGAGAGAGAUCGUUGGUCAUUGUUCUCUUAGAGAGGGAGAGGGAGAGGUGAUGGGUUGGUUGUAGUAUUUUCAGUUCCAUGAGAGAUAAGGAAGUUAGGGAACAGUAUAGUUGGGGUUUCCUUAAUUAUUGUUACUAUCAUUUUCAUUAAUAUGUAGUUAUUUGUUUGGUUCUCAA